CGGCGGCGGCGGCGGGGGGGCGCCCCGCUGCGGGCCGGGCCAUGCGGCGGCCGUAGCGAUGCAGCGCGCCGAGCUGCGGGACGGGGAGGCGGCGGCGGCGGCGGCCUCGUACCGGGUGCUCAGCCGCCUGCUGGGCUAUGGGGCCGCGCCGGAGGCGGGCGCGGCGGGCGGCGCCGUUACCGCGGCGGCGGCGGCGGCGGCGGGGCGCUGGGGGCCGCCGGGCGGGCUGGAGCUGCAGUUGGCCGCGCUGGGGCUGCGGCCGCCGGGGCUGGGCCCCAAGGGCCCCGGGGGCUGCCCGUGCCUCGGGCCGCCGCCGCCCGCCGGGCCCGCCGCCGAGGAGACGAGCGACGCGCUGCUGGUGCUCGAGGCGCUGGAGCCCGACGAGGCCGGCAGCGGCUCCGAGGAGGAACCGGGCAGCCCCGACGGGCAGGAGCCGCCGCGCGGAGCCGCCCGCGCCAACGGGAGGAGCGGGACCGGCCCCGGCCCCGCGCCGCCGCCGCCGCCCGGGGCGGGCUGCAGGAAGGGCUCGCUGCGGGUCCGCCUCCGCCGCCUCUUCCGCACCAAGAGCUGCAGCGGAGGCUCGGCCGCGGGGGACGCCGCCGCCACCGGGAGCCGCCGCGCCGGGGACCUGCCCGCCUCGGCCGGGAGCCUGACCGACGUGUGCGGGGCCCGCGGCCGCGAGCAGGAGGCGGGCAGGAAACACAGACUGACAAGAACUCAAAGUGCCUUUUCCCCGGUUGUUUUCAGCCCCCUCUUCACAGGUGAAACAGUGUCACUAGUGGACGUGGACAUCUCCCAGCGAGGAUUGACCUCCCCUCACCCUCCAACUCCGCCGCCGCCUCCGCGAAGAAGCCUCAGCCUGCUAGAUGAUAUCAGUGGGACGCUGCCUACAUCUGUCCUAGUGGGUCCGAUGGGGUCUUCCCUGCAGUCUUUCCCUCUGCCUCCGCCUCCUCCACCCCAUGCCCCAGACGCCUUCCCGCGGAUCGUGCCCCUCCGGCCGAUGGAGACGGCGCCCAGCCAGCCCGCCCCGCACCUCCAGUGCCCGCUCUACCGGCUGGACUCGAGCAGCUUCGCAGCCAGCUUGCGGGAGCUGGAGAAGUGCGGGUGGUACUGGGGACCGAUGAACUGGGAGGACGCAGAGAUGAAGCUGAAAGGGAAGCCGGAUGGGUCCUUCCUGGUCCGAGACAGUUCUGAUCCCCGUUACAUCCUGAGCCUCAGCUUUCGGUCGCAGGGCAUCACCCAUCACACCAGGAUGGAGCACUACAGAGGGACCUUCAGCCUGUGGUGCCAUCCCAAGUUCGAAGACCGCUGCCAGUCUGUGGUGGAGUUCAUAAAGAGAGCGAUCAUGCACUCCAAAAACGGGAAGUUUCUUUACUUCCUCCGGUCCAGGGUCCCAGGUCUCCCUCCAACACCUGUCCAGCUCCUGUAUCCAGUCUCCAGGUUCAGCAAUGUCAAAUCCCUUCAGCACCUUUGCCGCUUUCGGAUCCGGCAGCUGGUCCGGAUCGACCACAUCCCCGAGCUACCGCUGCCCAAGCCCCUGAUCUCCUACAUCCGGAAGUUUUACUACUACGACCCCCAGGAGGAGGUGUACCUGUCGCUGAAGGAAGCUCAGCUCAUCUCCAAACAGAAGCAGGAGACCGAAUCCUCUACGUAGCGAGGCCGGCUCGCCCAUCGUGUUGCUGUCACUGAUGGAAUUUGGUUGUUGCCAUCCAGUAGCCCAAGUCAGGCGGUGGUGGGGACGAGGCACAUGAAGGUGAAGCCUGCUUCUGCAGUGUGACUUCUGCUCUCAAGCUCUUUUGUAGAGAGAAGAGGGUUCAAGACUCCUAAGAAGCACAGCAGAAGGGGACCAAGGGUCUCGGCUCCUGGCUGAGGGCGAGGGGGUCUCGGAGGCAGCUGAGCCCAGCUCGCGGACUCCUUGCAGAACAAAGAAUGUCACGGCACUA